AUGUCUAACGUUACCAAAGAGCUUGUCUUCUUAGCCUUACAGUAUUUUGAUGAGAAGGGUCUCAGUGAAACCGCUCACACGCUUCAGCGUGAAAGUGGGUUAUACUUUGACAUGAAGCAUUUUGAGGACUUGGUGCUUGAGGGUAAGUGGGAUGAUGCUGAGAGCUAUCUUUCUGCGUUCACAAGGAUUAAGGACAAUAAUCACUCAAUCAAAAUAUACUUUGAAAUGAGGAAACAGAAAUUCCUUGAGGCUUUGGACAGUAACGAUCGUUACAAGGCUUUAGAUAUCCUCUUGAAGGAUCUGCAAGUAUUUGCCCCAAUGGAUGAAGGGCUGUUCAAAAAUAUGACUCAACUUUUGACAAUAAAAAACAUAAGGGAACGUAAAUCACUUUCAACAUAUCAAGAUGCAAAUUCUGCGAGGAAAAAAAUGAUGGAUGAAAUUAAGGAAGUUAUAAAGAAACAUCCUCUGUUAGAUGGAAAGUUAAAAUUGCCUGCUAUUAAAAGUCACAGGCUAAGUCAUCUUCUAAAUGAAAGCUUAAAUUGGCAGCAUCAGAACCCUACUUCAGAACCUGAUCUCUUUGGGGACCAUGUCCGUUAUUCCAAUCCUUUUAAUAUUACUGCUCCUACAAAUUCAGAAACAAAUUUGGAGUUCUCUAUGGAUUCUGAUGAGAGUGGCUGCAAAAAAGUUUUGGAGGAUCAACCUAAUUCAAUUGUAGAAUCCCAUAACAAAAUGAAGAAUCUAUUUGAAAUUUGUAGACCAUCUCAGUGCCGGGUCUUGCGGCUCCCUAUGCAUUCCGAAAUAAACAACAAGAUUGUUAGACUAACUUACACUCACGCGGGAAAUGCCAUUUUGGCUUUGACAUCGAAUGGUAUUCAUCCAGUUUGGGCAUGGCGACUUAGUAGCUUCAACUUGGAUGCCAAGGCAACAACACAAGUUUGCCCUGAAUUAUGGCAACCAUGUAAUGGCUUGAAAUUUAUGAGCAAUAACGUUAUAAGUGGCAACAACCAUGGAGACUUAGUUUCGUCUUUUGCUUUAACAAAGACGGAUUCAUAUCUCAUGUCAACAUCGGGGGGGAUGAUCUCCUUGUUCAAUAUAAAUACAUUUAAGACUAUUGAAACUAUCAUGCCUCCACCACCUAUGGUAACAUGUCUUGCUCUCUACCCUCAAGAUAAUAAUGUUCUUGCAGUUGGCAUGGAUAACUCCAGCAUACUUAUAUACCAUGUCGUAAACCAUGAGGUUCAAAUCAAGCUUGAGGGCCACUCUAAAAGAGUUACUGCUCUUGCCUUCUCAAAUACUUUGAAUGUUCUUGUUUCUGGUGAUGUAAAUUCUCAGAUUGUUGUAUGGAAUACCAAUGGGUGGGAAAAACUGAAAGAGAGGUACUUGCAAAUACAUGAACAGAAGGUGCCAGAAGUACUAUCUGAAACUCAAAUUCAGUUUCAUCCAGAUCAGAUAAAAUUCCUAGCUGUACAUAAUAGUCAUCUUGCAAUUUAUGAAGCAACAGAACUAACAUGUGUCAACCAGUGGAUUCCAGAAGUUUCAGUGGCAAUCUCCCAGGCAACUUUUUCAUCUGACGGUCAGAUUGUGUAUGCCACUUUUGUUGAUGGGACUUUGGCAAUAUUUGAUGCUUUAAAAUUCCAAAUGCAUUGUAGGGUCCAUCCAUAUACUUUCCUUUCUCCAUAUUCAAGCUUGAGCGUCUACCCAAUUUCUAUAGCUGCACAUCCACAGAAACCAAGCCAGUUUGCUGUGGGGCUCACAGAUGGAAGUGUUUAUGUUCUUGAGCCUCGGGAGCCAGAUGGUAAUUGUAUCAGCUUUUCCAAUGAUAAGCAGCCAGAAAAACCCUCGGUUAAGAGAAUCAAGUUGAGAUGCAUUGAGGUGAAAAAAGACAUAUGA